AAAAGCUACAGAAAGAGUGAAAGUAUUUAAAGAAAAAGGAAGUGUCCGAGUCUGACUGAGGUCACUGGUCGAACACCAUGUGUGCACUAUUCAAACUUAGCACCGAGCGCUUAUUCACUGCCCUGAACAACCAGAGCUCUCUAUCUCUGCGACGACGCUGCUUCUGCAGCACAGUUUCCGAUGGCUUCAUUCACCCCUCUGCGAUCGUUCACCCCAAUGCCGUUCUCGGCCAGGGUGUUUCAAUUGGGCCCUUUUGUACUGUUGGGUCGUCGGUGAAGCUCGGAAAUGGCUGCCGGUUACAUCCCGGAAGCCAUAUUUUUGGGAAUACUGAAGUUGGGGAGCGUUGUGUUUUGAUGACUGGUGCCAUUGUUGGUGAUGAUCUUCCGGGGCGUACUGUGCUGGGUUGCAAUAAUGUUAUUGGAUAUCAUGCUGUGGUUGGUGUUAAAUGCCAGGACAUGAAAUACAAGUCAGGGGAUGAAUGCUUUCUUGAUGUUGGGGACAACAAUGAGAUCAGAGAGCAUGCUUCAAUCCAUCGAUCUUCGAAGUCAAGUGAUACUACAGUUAUUGGGAAUAACAAUCUUAUCAUGGGUUCUUGCCAUAUUGCCCAUGAUUGCAAGGUUGGGAACAACGUUAUUUUUGCGAAUAAUACCCUUCUGGCAGGCCAUGUUGUGGUGGAAGAUUAUGCUCACACUGCAGGGGCUGUUGUUGUUCAUCAAUUCUGUCAUGUUGGUUCUUUCGCUUUCAUUGGCGGUGGCUCUGUGAUUGCACAGGAUGUUCCAAAGUGCAUGAUGGCUGCAGGAGAAAGAGCUCAGCUCCGUGGUUUGAAUCUUGAGGGUCUACGGCGUCAUGGAUUCACAGUGGCAGAGAUCAGAAGCCUUAGAACAGCUUACCAAAAGAUAUUCAUGCCUGCUGAUGCAAAUUCCAGUGGUUUUGAAGCACGUCUUGCUGAAGUGGAGCUCCAUGAUAAAUUGGCUCAUAUACCUGCUGUGUGCUCCAUGGUGCAGUCUAUCCGUGACUCUUUCAAAGAAAAAAGACGUGGACUAUGCAAAUUCAGACAUUGGAAUAGCUCUUAAAAGCACCAGUGACCUAACUGCUAUUGCUUUUACGAAAACUGAUGAUGUGCAUUGAUGAUAUGCUAUAUGAAGAGUUGAAGACUCAAAGCAGCUUUGGUUUUCUUUGUAGUGAAGAUUUAUACUGCAACAGUUCUCGCUAUUUGAUGAAAGAAUCGGUGACAGGAUGCAUUACAGAGAGAAGAUUCAAAUCCAUACAUACUGUAGAAGAAUUAACUUUGAUCAGCUUGCCAAAGGUUUCUUGUAGAUUACAUAGUGCAAUUUCAUUCAAGUUAUCAAAAUGAACAGUUUUUGAUAUUAUGCUGCCUUGUAACAUUGACCUUGAAGCACAUAUUUGUAGAAGCAAAUUGGUCUCUCCAAUUCAGAGAAAUUCCUAGAAAUGUGAUUUGUUCUGCGU